AAAACCAAUUCUACCUCAAAUCUACAUUCUACCUUUCUCCUCCCCCUCCUACAAAAACCAACCAAAAUGGUCCGCGGCGCAGAAUACGACAACGGUGUCCCCCAGAGCGACAACCCUAUUGAGAACGGUCCUAACAAGGCACACGGCGUCGGCAAUGAGCCCGCAGACCUGAGCCGAUCACACAAGGCUGCACCCCUACCAGAGCAGACUGGCUCUGGCCGUGACGUUCACCCUGGUUUGCCUACUGCUGGAUCGGAUCAUCCCAACGGUGGUGCUGCGAAGCCUGUUUCUCUUGAUGAGAAGAACACUGCUGGGAAAUAA